GUUGUAGACUUUUGGCAUAAAACAAAUCAUUUUAAUUUACCAUAAUGAAUAGUUUAAACAUACCUACCGAUUUUGGUCCUGAUUCAGGAGGUCGCGUAAAAGGCUUAACGAUUAUCAAACCUAUAGUUUAUGGAAAUAUCGCACAGUCUUUUGGCAAAAAACGCGAAGAAGAUGGUCAUACUCAUCAAUGGAAAGUGUAUGUGAAACCCUAUCAGAAUGAAGACAUGUCACUUUAUGUAAAAAAGGUUCAUUUCAAACUGCAUGAGAGUUACGCAAAUCCUAAUCGCAUCGUAACCAAACCACCAUAUGAAAUUACGGAAACUGGUUGGGGAGAAUUUGAAGUGGUCAUUAAAAUCUAUUUUCAUGACCCUACAGAAAGACCGGUGACUUGCUAUCAUAUACUAAAACUAUUUCAAUCACCAAUAGUAGGCGGGGAAUUAUCCACAGCCCCAAUGGAUCCAAAAACUGGUCUAGUAUCGGAAUCCUAUGAGGAGAUUGUAUUUCAAGAACCGACGCAACUAAUGCAACACUUUCUUGUGAGUGUUCAGCCACUAACCAACGAAGUAUAUACUCAUAAUACGAAUUUUGAACUUAAGAAGGAGAAAUCCUUAUCAAACAUUACUGAAGUAAGGGAAAAAGUCAAGAAUGAAAUAAACAUUUUAAAGGAUAAAUUGAAAGUAGCCAGAGAGACUAUUGCCAAAUUUAAAGCCGAACUAUCAAAAAUACAAAAAUUGCCUGGAACAUAGAAGUGAUAUUAUAUAAGGGAGGAAUUCCGAACUUCUUUUUGAAAUUUUUCCCUUACAAAGAAACUUUAUUGUUAUUCAGAAUUAUAGUAUUAAUGUAUCCGGUAAAGGUUGGGGUGGAAAUCAUAAAAUUAGAAAGCAAGCCGCCAUAUCUAAAACGUGCAGGGUAAGUAAUGAUAGGCAGCCUGAGUGAGUAGGUCAUAUUUGUAUCACGUAUUAGAAGAAAUUAUCAGAUUAUUAAACACAACUAUAAAUAAUAAAAUCAUUAAAAAUAUAAUUUUUUAUGAAUUAUUAAAAAAGAAUUAAAACCUUCAGUAACCUUAUUAGUUUAGCUUUUUACGUUUUAGUAUAAGGCACAAGAGAGUUUUUAAUACUUCUAGAUAGAAUUUACUUCUAUUAAGAAUAAAAUGAU